AUGUGCAAAAAGUAUGGGCUUACCAAUUCUAGAAAACCAACCAAUUCGACGAAAGCUGGAAGUAUUCAUACAAAACCUCAAUUGGGAGUAAUCAUGGUUACACAACAUAGCCCAAUCUUGACCAACACACAGGAGCUCCGUAAAAGGAAAGAAG